GCGGCGCUCGCGGCUUUAUAAGCCGGCCGGGCGCGUAUGCGUGAGGGCCGAUUGAGAGGGGCGCUGCCGCAGCCAGAAUCCCAGCAGGAACCUGAUGGAGAAACCUGUACCUCAACCUGAGAGUCAUACGUGGAGUUGCUCUUGUACAGCCAGGAGAAGAUAUAAGGAUCAUCUAGGUGGAAGUUCAACAGGGCUAGCAGCCAGAGUGGGUGAAAUGCUAACCUCAUCUGUCUCCAGUUCUCCCCUGACCUUAGUGGGUCAUGCAGCACGGCACCCAAGCAGCCCAAACAGAGGCCAUGUCCCUGGUAGCAGCUUGAACUUAAGCAGAGACUUACUGCAACGCAGCCUGGUGCUUUUUGCUGUGGGCACUUUCCUUGCACUGGUGCUAAACUUACUGCAGAUUCAGAGGAAUGUAACCCUGUUCCCUGAGGAAGUUAUCUCUACAAUCUUCUCUUCUGCCUGGUGGGUGCCCCCUUGCUGUGGGACGGCAGCAGCUGUUAUUGGCCUGCUGUAUCCUUGCAUUGACAGCCAUCUUGGUGAACCUCACAAAUUCAAACGAGAAUGGGCAAGUGUAAUGCGAUGUAUCGCCGUCUUCGUUGGCAUUAACCAUGCAAGUGCUAAAUUGGAUUUUGCGAACAACAUCCAGCUUUCCCUGACCCUUGCAGCUUUGUCGCUGGGCCUCUGGUGGACAUUUGAUCGCUCAAGAAGUGGUCUUGGUCUUGGGAUUACAAUUGCUUUUGUAGCAACUCUGAUUACACAGUUUCUGGUUUAUAAUGGAGUUUAUCAGUAUACAUCUCCAGAUUUCCUUUAUAUCCGGUCUUGGCUACCAUGUAUAUUUUUCUCAGGCGGUGUGACUGUAGGAAACAUAGGACGGCAACUUGCUAUGGGUGUUCCUGAGAAGGCUCACAGUGACUAAAUAACCGGGUCUGACUUGUAUUUGUGAAAGCAAAAAAAGGAUCAGUUCAAGCUAGGAUUUUUCGUCUUGAAUUACCAGCAUGAGCUCCCGAAAUCUGGGAAAGAAUGAACUCACCAUAAAGUGGCCAAGAGGUUACCUUGAUUUAUUUCUGAGAAGUUUCUGAGUUUGACUGUUUGGUGGAAAAAGUUCAGCACGGACUUUUCAUUCACAAUAAGCCGAACCUUAAUGGCUGUCCUUCCAAGUCCUUGAAACAGCUGCCAUUUUCAAAGCUUGAAGCAAAUCUUAAUUCUACCCAUACCCAAAGACAGUUGCUUGGUAUGGCAUGGUGGAGUAGUGUAAUAGUAUUUCUCCAAGUAUCGUUUAUCCUGUGAUUGCUUUUAAGGGGACCUGAAAGAAAGAACCAUUGCUGUAUAAAGAAAUAAGGGCCCAGGUCUUAGAGAAGAGGCUUUCACAGAUCCUCCUACUGUAAAAGGGCUAGCACAGGAAUAUUACAUUGAUUUAUGUCUUAAGCACCUGGCUUCUUGAGGUGAGGAGCAAAUCAUCUUGGAAAACCAACAAUUUGUUAGCUGCUUGGCUGUUUUAUGGCUCCCUAUAUCACUUCUCUUGGAAACACGCAGCCAAAAUUUACAUUUUUCCAAGAGAUGGCCUACUGGUUCUUUAGACAGGAUGAAUUUAGAUGGGUCCUUACUGACUUCACGAAUAAGUGUGUCUUCAUUACACUAUAUCAUGAAGAAGAGGACAUUUUUGCGGGAUACUUGUUAAAUUCUCUGGGAAUUGGGCAGGUUUCAGAGCAGAAACAGUACUUGCCAUGAAAAGAACGGGGAAAGUUAAUAGUGUUAGUUAAAGUCUCUUGUAAAUGAUCUCUUGUCUGAAUUUCUGAAGAGAUCACUGUGUUCUUGAUUUUGCAAAUUUGCAGAACUUGCAAUCUGUGAUUGCUUUAUACGGAAAAGUGCUAAUGUCACUGCAUUAAAUAUCUGGUAUACUCAACUAGUUCCAGGGUGAGCACAAUAGUUAGUUCAAUACUAUAAGUCACCACUGACCUAAUGAGCGGGUGUUAAAUUUCAAAAUUUAAAGUGCAAUGUACAGCUGAAUGGAAUCUGAGCCUCGUAGUAUCCUCUUUAAUAUCUCCAGCAAACAAUAUUAAAGAGAAAAAAGUUUUGAACUUAUUUAAUGCUUUAUGAAAGCAAACAUCAGCAAUAAUCUAACUAGUGUUGCUAGUUUGCAUCCUUUACUAAACUCUUGAGAAAUACUCCACUCCUGUGGCUCUAAUUGCAAAACAGAGCUCAUGCUGCAUUAUCAUUCAACUUCAGGCACUUUUGCUUCCAGUUUCGUUCAGCUUCCAGUCCAAUCAGAAGGUUCAAGUUUUAGACCAAGCAGAAGAAGUUGGGGAGCUCCAGAUAAUUUUCAAACCAUUUCCCAUCAUCUUUAAUCAUGCUGCCUGGUGCAGAUGACAACUGAGAGCCGAAAACAUCUGCGGAGUCACUAGUUUCCCCGAUGAGUUUUAGAUAAGCUGAAGAAUCUUCUCCAGGUUUUGUCCCAAAACAGCAUUUUUCCAAAUGGGAUCCUUUUCCAACUUUAUUUUCUGGUCUCCCCCACUGAACAGCAGUUUGGGAGGCAGCAACACAAAAUCCUCCAAGGAUGCAGCUGUGGGUUAGGAGACUCACAACAAUAUCUGGAGAAGACUUCGAUUCCCUUCUUAAACUAACCAGUUUGUGGUGAAUGAGAAAGCAAAAGUGAUUUGCUCAGGGAAGGUAAUAUUCCCUGAUACAGUUACUUUCCACAGUCCUAGGUCCUUUUUUGCCUUUCUGGGGACAUUAAACCUGAGAUGUCACCAUAGAAUUUUUUUUUCCAAGUAGUAAUUAAAUUCAGGUGCUGGAAAAAGCCUGCCAAAAACAGAAGGCUAGUUUUCUAAAUUCUAGAAUUUAUUGUCUUAUUUUGGAACCAGGAAAAGGUUUUGAGAUUCCCUCUGUUCUCAGAGUACACCCAUACAGCAUGUUAAUGCAAAGGAGAAGGAUACCAAUAAUUCCAGAAUCAUUUCUCUUCCAGCUCAGGAGUCUCCAAACCUGGCAACUUUAAGACCCGUGGAUUUCAACUUCCAGAAUUCCUCAGUCAGUCAUGCUCCACAUGUCUUAAAGUUGCCAAGUUUGGAGAUAGCUCCUGCUCCUUUAAAAAGGAAGUAAGCAGAAAGGAUAAGAGUUCAGAGGCUAUAUAGGUGGAUGAGGAUAGAGCCUCCCCUCCCCCCUCUUUGGUUUGACUAGGUUAUUGAAAUAUUUGAAUGCUUGUGGAUCACUUCCAAAGUGAAUUUUUGAAUUUGCUCACCUCAGCAUCAAACUUGUUUGGAAAGCAUAUUAAUCAGCUUUUUGUUUGUUUUUCCUUAAACAAAGUGGCAGUUUGGGGGGGGGGGGAAAAGAAGCUUCAAGCACUAUAGAGUAAAUGGGUUUAUUCUGAAGAGGUUACAUUGCAAUCUGUGGUAUUUUUGAGUAGUAAAUUAUAGGCUGCAGCUUUGAAGCCUGGUUUUUCAUUUUCCACUGUUUCUUUAAAGUGUAUUGAUUCACUUCUUAUAUAAUCCCGUUUAAAUGGUAUUAUCUGAGUAUGCUCUAACAUGUAUGUGCAAGAUGAAAGCCACUAUGUCCUCUAAAUUUAGUUUUGAGGUUGCACACAGGAAAACUACCUUCCUGUAAUACCUUACUACCAGAUGUAAUUAAGAAAAUGGACAAUUGUAAUUGUAAAUAUGUAAUCAUGAAAUCAGAUAUUUAAUUUGUAAAGUUUAUUUGUCAAUCUGUGUUUUGAGAUGACAGCCAAGUUCAAUCUUGCCAAUACUUGUAAGUAUCUGAACCAAAGUGAUCAGAGUUUGUGUUACAAAGAAAAGCGUGUUUUUGUGGGGGAGGGGAAUUGCGCUGUAUUCCAGAUAAGAAUCCUUUGAUUCUCAAAUUUGGUAGAUUUUUCAACUGUGUGUAUUUGUGUGGAUUUUUUUUUUAAUCCAUUAAAGGUUUUGACCAUUUAGUUCCUG